AUGCCGACGAAUGCCACGAAAACAGCCAAACACUCUGAACUCAUGACCAUGGUGACAACCUCAUACGUGGAGAGGAUGCCGGCUUUCCUAGAGUCGCAGUCCCCCGUCUUGGAGAUGGUAGACGGGAAUCCGUGUUUGACAGUCGAAACCGUGGAGGAACGCGAGCUGGGGAACCUGAUGGCUCGGAAGACCUGCUGGUGCAUGACCGUCAUCGAAGUGCCAAUAACUCCAUCGGUGACUAGCGGAAUGACGGCCACAGUGCAUAAGACUCCCGUAUUCACCACGACCGUAACCGUGUUCGCGAGCUCUGUCAUCGAAACUGUUUUCGAGACGGUUAUGAGACCAGACGCCGAGCUGUCAUCGAGGAAUCCCUCCCAGGAGUCUGCGUGGAUACCCGAAAGUAUCAUCUCACCUUCUUGGCCAGCCAACACGAUCGAGAAGAGCGUAGAUGCCAUGUCCUCGAGCCUAUCUCCGAUUCUUGUGACCGAAUCAGAGAGCAUUGUGGUCUCGACCGGAGCCUUCGAGCCUUCGACGACCAUCGAAGCUUCUUUUUCGACCGUGUCUCCGUCCGCGGACGAUAGCUCCAUGGGAGACCCAGCGCCGACCCCAACGUUCGGAGUCACGAACAGCGACUUGAGCUCCCAAGUCAUCGAUUCAUUUUCCGCUCGGAGCGGGGAGCUCGACACGGAUAAUGAUGUUGCCGAAACCACGCCUUCGCCAUCUUCUCAUUCGACUUGGAUUGGAGAUUCGUCGCCCUCGGUGGAGGAACAAACCAUGUCAAUGACCCCAGUCGACUCAGAGAUCUCUUCCACGAUGACCGCGACAGAUCAAUCGCUUGUUCCGCCUCUAUGGUCUUCGAGCAGCGGAAUUUCCAGUGAAGCCAAUGUGCUCACACCCUCUCGACCUAUCCCGCCGGAAUCCGGGAUGUACGACCAAUCGGAGACUUGGUUACCCACGCCAAGCAUUUCCGGUACGUUCGAGGAGUCCAGCGGAAUAGGACCCGAGUCGACCCUGAUUCCUGACCCAUCGUGGGAUCCAUCGAGCUCCUAUUCCCCGGACCCGGGAGACUCUAGAUCGUCGCAAUCAUCGGGACCGGAAUUCGUGACCCGUUUCCCUCCUUGGACGAAGUCCAUGGGGACUGAUGACUCCUCCACAGAAAUCACCGCGAUCGCCUCACCCACAGGAUUCGCGUCACCCACAGAGUACGAAUCAGCAGGAUUCGGAACGGUUUCGCCAACGGGUUCCGGAGGACACGACUCGACCCUCGUGGAAACAUCGACGUUGACUGCGAUCCUUGACGAUACCCCGUGCGAAACGACGGCGAGCAUAGAAUCAACCGCCCACGGCACUCUGACGACUGCCUCGGUUCCGUCAGAUAUCGACACUCCACACGCUUCCGUGGAACCCUCAGCGAGGGACAGUGGGUCAACAUCGCCUUCAAGCUGGUUCAAUCCAUCGGGAUCGUUCCCCGAGUCCAAGUCGCAGAGUCCCCAUUACGGGUCUACACCGUCGUCAACGAGCAAAGAAUCGCUUUGGACUCGGAGUACAAGAAAACCAAUUGUGCCAAGCCGAACAAUUGUUCCGGCCAGCUCUGGCUCGCCGCCGUCGACGCCACCGCCUCCUCCGACACCUUCUGACCAAGACUCUCAAUACUGGAUACAGACGGAGCUGAAGAUCCCGCGCGGAACGAAUUCCACGGACACUUCGAAACUCGUUAAAGAUCUUGCCUUCAUUUACGAGCGUGCCUAUGCGGCACACUUCCGAAGGCAGCGUCGCCAGCUGGGCCGGCUGACUCAAAUCAAAUUGAUCUACGUCCGCGCUGAUUACAAAGAAAGGAACAUGACCCUGGUUUACGUUUUGUAUUAUUUGAAUCGACUUGUGCCCGCUGUUGAAGCAGUCAAGAGGAUCCAAGUUGUGCCGCAAGCCGACAUGGAAAAAUUACUCCGACAUGGUGUAAUUGUCAAAGCCAAACCUUACGAGCCCAGUAGAUCCACGGCUUCGCUUGAGGACAAUCGAUUCACGAACAAAGCCUACGUGGCCUGGCUCAUCGUGUUGAUACUACUCCUGCUCCUGCUAUUGCUCCUGUGUAUCCUCCUCUACUUCUGCAUCCGCAAUCGCAGUCGACAGAAAGCUAACGUCAAAGAUGCUGAAGUAUCCAGCUCCUUCAGCAACGGAGAGGGAAAGUUCAGCACAACAUCUGGCAUGACGAUGCCCGGUGAAAGCGUUCGGUCGUACCGAGACGCGGUAACGAGUCCUGUUCACUUUGGAGGCACAGGAACUUAUAGGAGGAGCGAGUCGCCGAGAUUCUACGAGAAUCAGGCGUUCGAUUCCGACGAGCCCAGGCUUCGCAAACGUCCGGUGCUCACCCAACACACGUUCGAGGCGACGGUCGAGAGUCAGCCACAGGAGGCAAAGUCCGAGCUAACGCCCCCUGACGUCAAGCCUCGGAAGAGGAAAUCCAAAGCAGAUAAAUCUUCCGACCUCUCCGCAUGCCGGGACACAACGAUUUUGGCCGGAGACAUUGAGAUUCGUCCAGUAGUCAGCGAGGUCGCGAGUGAAGACGAAACACCCGGACCUUCCGAGGAAGAAAUCGAGGAAGCCAGGCGUCAACUGGAAUCAAUGACAGAGAGAUUGAACGCGCUCGUUGAUAACAGUCUGACAGUGGAGCAGGCGAAAACGAAACUUCACGGGAGCUACAGACAGAAGUUGCUCAUAAGUCGGAAGGACUACAAGCGGUGUAGAUCGGCCGACUCAAUCGAUAAGUACGAGAUAUCGCUUUCCUCUGUGCCGUCUGUCAGCAAUCCGAUCUUCCGAGAUCAGCCAACACAGACGUCUUUCGCGAAGAAAACAACUCCCCCUCAUUUUCUGGUGACCAUCCACAAGGAAACUGCUGCCAAAGAACGUAGAUUACACCAGGAGAGCCAUAGACGGGUGGUCGAGGAAUUUGAGAGCACAAGCCGCGUGACAUACCGCGAACCAACGUCACGGGUAAUCGAAGCCAUCAGACAUGAACUGGAUCUGGCCCAAGAUUUCCCGAAAGAAAGCUUCGCCUGAGGUGUCUCGAAUCAUUCAUCUUCAAUCAGUGUGUGAAAAAAGAACGCGAUGAGGAAACAUUGUAACAUGUAUCAUAUCCCUGUAUUCAGAGAAAUAAUUGUAUUUGUACA